UCCACGCACAGGGUUGGUUGGUUACCUUGGCCUUCACCCGCGCCAGAGGUUAGCGACAGGUGAGAGAGGAAGCAUCGGGUAGUCACCGCGACGACGGGAGAAAGCGGCGUGGAGAGAGCUGGCAACUCUAUCAGCUGAUGGGAGGCGAGAGAGUAACCUGCCACCAGCAUUAGUCGUCUUCGUUACGUGGUUGCUUCGCUCAGCACGUGGUAGCCCUCUUGACACGUGGCUGACCAGAAACAAUUUUUGUGUGUGUGCCUCGUGAGUGAGGAGCGUGGCAAGUCCCUCUAUACCGGUGACGGACGCCCAGGACUCCGCAGCAACGAUGUGGGAAGAGGUGUGGGUGCUGUGCGUCGCCGUGGUGUGUCGCACAUGCCUGUCUCUAGCUGUAGAAGCCCCAGUACCCCCACCAAGCCUGCCACAGCAUCAGGGACCCCGAGCCGCCCCGGAACCCUACUCCCUGGCGUGGGUGCGGAAGGGGCGGUCAGCAUCAGCGCCCCUGCAGUUCAGUGAGGAAGGAGACGAGGGUUCGAACAUCUUGAACCACGUCACCAACUACGGCAUGAACCAGACCAUCUACCUAACCAGCAUCAUGGAGCCCAAGCUGUUCAGAGAGGGAUAUACAUUGCGGCGAGGUCAUCCAGGAGUGUUUCUCGCCGCCUUUAACAAGCAGAAGCAGAAAAGCAAAGACCUGGCCAGCUUCGGUUAUGCGUCCCUCAAGGCUUCUGAGCUUCUUUCCAACCAAUUCCUCCUGACGCGGCAGCAGGCUCUGUUCGGGCUGGAACAAGUGUCACUGCGGAACACUGCGCUGUACGAGAACUGCCCGGUGAAGGAGGACGCGCUUACUAACGAAUCCUGCCCUGUGUACUCCCUACUGUUCCGGACAAUGGACGGCACCUGCAACAACCCAGACAACCCGGAGUGGGGCGCCGCCUUCAGGCCCUUCGCUCGCUUCCUGCCGCCAGACUACAGUGAUGGCAUCGAGGCGCUGCGACAAAGUGUGCACGGCGGAACUUUACCUAACGCACGACUCAUCAGUGACACCGUGCACCGGCCGCUCAACAGGCCCUCCUACCACAUUACUAUGAUGGUGAUGCAGUGGGGGCAGUUUCUCGACCAUGAUCUGACGGCUACAGCACAGAGCCGCGGCUUCAAUCACAGCGUGCCCAAGUGUUGCAACGACGAAGAUGGAACCCCGCUCCCAGAGAACUUCAGGCACCCGGACUGCCUGCCCAUCGUCAUUCCCUCCACCGAUCCCUUCUACUCGCAAUGGAACCACACCUGCAUGGAGUUCGUGCGCUCCUCACCUGCGCCGAGACCUAACUGUGCACUGGGACCCCGAGACCAGAUCAACCAGGUGACAUCUUUCCUGGACGCCUCCACUGUUUACGGAUCAGAUGACCAAGAAAUGGCUCAACUGCGGCUUUGGGAGGAUGGAAUGCUCAAGUACAAGCCAGUGAGGUUCAGGAAGCCGCUGCUGCCUCCGCUGGACCACUUCAUCGAGGGGGAAUGCCGCGAAAACUCCAGGAACCUACACUGCUUCCAAGGCGGAGACGUGAGGGUGAACGAGCAGCCAGCCCUAACCAGCAUGCACACGGUGUGGCUGCGAGAGCACAACCGCCUCGUCACCCUCAUGAAGGAGAUCAACCCCCACUGGAACGACGACCGGUUGUUCUUCGAGGCGCGCAAGAUUGUGGGCGCCGAAAUGCAGCGGAUCACGUAUGGGGAGUGGCUGCCGGUGGUGCUGGGUCCCGCCGUCAUGAAGGUGUUCCGGCUGCCGCUGCAGAGGUAUGGCUACUACAGAGGUUACCGCGGCACCACCAACCCCACCGCCACCAAUGCCUUCGCCGCUGCAGCCUUCCGCUUCGGCCACAGCCUCGUGCAGCACACAUUGAUGCGCUGCGACAAGACGGGAAGACGCCUGCCAUUCACCAUUAAACUCCACGAGGAACUGAUGAACCCCUCCAAUAUCCACAACUUCGGCAGCGUGGAUCGCCUCAUCCUCGGUCUCGCCUUUGAAAUGUCACAGGGACGAGACGUGUACAUGACCAACGAGCUCACGAGGCACCUCUUCCAGACACCAGGCCACCACUACGGCAUGGACCUUGCGUCACUCAACAUACAGCGCGGCAGGGACCACGGGCUGCCCUCCUACAACAUCUGGCGGGAGCAAUGCGGCCUCCACAGGUUCACUAACUGGGGCGAGCUGCUGCAGGUGAUGGAUGACGACACGGUGGGCAGACUAGCUGCCGUGUACAGACAUGUGGAUGACAUUGACCUUUUCCCCGGCGGCCUCGCGGAGAAGCCUGUCAUCCGUGGCCUCGUGGGACCCACCUUCGCCUGCAUCCUGGGACAGCAAUUCCUCAACUUAAGACGAGGUGAUCGCUUCUGGUUCGAGAACGGAGGUUUCGCGUCCUCCUUCACACCCCAGCAGCUGCGGGAGAUACGCAAGGUGACGCUGGCAAGGGUUCUGUGCGACAAUCUGGAUGACGUGGACGAGCUGCAGCCCAACGUGUUCCGCCCCGUGACAGAGAACGGCAGGAACACCAAGGCUUCGUGCUACGAGGAGGGCAUCGCUUACAUGGACAUCAGGGCGUGGCGUGACCCGGGCCCUGUCUUUUACUCUGCCGCCGCCAACGCUUCCGAGGUCCCCGCGUUCCAGACUGACAGCGACACCUACAAUUACCCUGAGGAGCCCAGCGAGGAGGAGUUGUCCGGCUUGUCCGAGGAGGAGCUUUUCUUCCUGGAGGACGAGGCACACUUCGCCGCGCUCAACGAGUCACAACUGCAGGAACUUUACUCCCACGAGCUGCCGAGACCCUUCGAGGAGCUGGACGACAAGACGGGGAAAGAGGGCGAGACACCACAGGAAUACACAGACUGGCACCCGAGUCUGGCUAAACUCACGCAGCACAACUUCCACAACGUGAUUCAACACGCGUAUUCCGACACGCUCUUCUACGGCCGCAGCAAGAGGCAGAGAAGAGAGGGGUAAAGCAACGCCCCACCAGUGCCACAACCGCACACUGUACAAAACUAAUGAGCUGCUGGUCACGCCAGGGUAAGAAUAUAAGAACACAAGAAAAAAAAGGGUAGUUGCAAGGAGCCAUCAGACCUACGCGUGGCAGUCCUUGUGUGAGGUAAUACGUGAUGUAGUGAGUGUGUAGGAUAGUCUGCUUCGUGAAUCUCCCGAUAUCAAGCUGAAGGAAACAUGCAGAUGGAGACAGAAAGAUAUAAAAUAACGUUGCUUUCUUCAAUAACAGCUUAUGGUUCUAAGUGGAAACUGCAUAAAAUCUGUUCUCAUAUUCAUCACUGCAAAGGCAACAAUAUAACACUGCCCACACAUCGAGGCCCAGGCGUACGUAGAGGAAAAUAUUAAAUAUUACCACAAAAAUAAUCUGAAGGAACAAUGCCAAGGAAAAAGAUUAUUACAUACACGACAAACUGUAUGAUGGAGUACAAGGACCGAAAAAAAAGGGAAAAAAAAAGAUAAACCGAGGGAACAGUGCCAUGGAAAAAGAUGAUCAAGUACACAACAAACUGGACUGAAUACAAGACGCGAAGAAAAGAAAAAGGAAAAUAACAAGUAAAUAACAUGACUAAUCCAUCAUCACGCGAAAAAAAAAAGGCCAAUCUUGUGGUAUUUCGGACAAUAACACAGCGCCAUGACCUCAGAGUUGUGCAGCAUCAAACCCAUCAACCUACUCCACACAACACUUGGCUUAGCAUUGCAUUCGGAAGGGAAACUCCUCGGCGUGACUCUCCUACCUUCCCUCGUCCUCUGUACAGUCCCUCGCCUCUGAUCCCCUCGCUUCUCCAACACUCCCCUGUUACUUCUCCCCAACCCACCUUACUGUUAAAUAUUUACAUAGGUGGCCUGAUAGUGACCCAUCUUGACGGUGUUGCGUGCCCAUGACAGCCUUUUUUUUUUUUUUUGUUGCGUUUUUAUUUUUUUCAUGUUUCUUUUUAUAAAUAGGGUAAAAAAAAACUUUCAAACUCUACGCUAUUUAUAUUUUUAGCUCACUCGAAUGACUUAGCGCGAUACUUCCUAUUUAUGUACGAGUUACUGACUGCACUUUGUUAAAUAAAUUAUGUUUAUG